CACUCUCUGGUCAUUGUUGUACUGCUCGAGCAGCGAACUCACACGCGCGUUUGUGAUCGCUGCUGGCAGCAUCACCAGCAAGAUGAAUACCUCUCAGCCUGUCGCUUCCUCAAUUGGAAGUGUACAAUUUGGCUUCCUUACUUCGACCGACGUUCGAGCUCUGUCAGUGAAGCAGAUCCAAAAUCCGACCACUUUCGAUUCUCUUUUGAACCCGGUGCCCGGUGGGCUUUAUGACCCGGCGCUCGGCGCAUGGGGAGAUAACCUUUGCGGAACAUGCAACCUGAACACCUUUUCUUGUCCGGGACAUGUCGGACAUAUCGAACUUCCUGUGCCCGUUUAUCAUCCCAUGUUCAUGGACCAACUCUUAAGACUUCUGAGGGCCAAAUGCGUUUACUGUCACCAUUUUAAAUUAGCGCGGAUCGAAGUACACCGCUUUUGCUGCAAGCUCAAGCUGAUUAGGCACGGCCUCCUUAACGAAGCGGAGGAACUUGAAAAUAUUUCGCUUGUUCCGAAGGGGAGCAAGACAUCCAGGAACCAAGAUGGAGGAGAUAUUGAAGCAGCUGGUAGCGAUUCCGAAGGCGAGGAUGCGGAGAGCUUGAUGCGUCGACGCAAUGAGUUUGUGAGAUCCUGCAUUAAACAGGCCAUUGGUGGAAUUAGAAAAUCCAAGUGGGUCGGCGAGAAAACUGAGGCUGUUGCUGAAGAGCGAAGAAUUGUUUCCAAGGAAUUUUUGGCGACGAUAACGAAAGGGAAGAAAUGCUCGAAUUGUCAGGGGGUUUCCCCCAGCUACCGGAAAGACCGUUACUCCAAAAUUUUCAGAAAGCCUCUUGGCCCAAAGGAGAAGGCACAAAUGAUCCAGGGCGGUUUCAAGGCAUCAAACCCUCUUGUUACCUUACAUAAUGACCGAAAAACUGCUCUAAAACGCAAAAGAGGCAGUGACAACUUAGACGAGGGUAUCGUUGCUGAUUUCGAAGACGCAACACCUGACGAAGAGGAAGGCGAGCCCAUGGAUAUUCUCGACGCCUCUGCUGACGGAUCUGCGAUCGCUUCGGAAGCCGCUGCAGUCAGAGACACAUCCAAAGAAGCAACCGAAGGCAAGUCAGAAUUUAUCAGCGCCGGAGAAGUCUAUGCUGCAAUGGUUCACCUUUUCGAAAAAGAGAAGGAGAUUAUGACUCUGUUGUAUCGGCCGCAAAACCGAUCAAAAGCACCUGCCACGGCGGACAUGUUUUUCAUCAAGGACUUGGUCGUCCCGCCCAACAAAUAUCGUCCUGAGGCGAAGACAGGAGAUGGAGAGAUCGCAGAGGCGCAACAAAACACCCUUUUCAAACAAAUCUUGACACAGUGUGACUUCAUGAACCAGAUCAACAAGGAAAUGAAGGGCUCUAUUUCCGGCCAGAACGUCCGCCAAAGAAAUUUCACCGAUCUCCAGAACGCCUGGGUUCGGCUUCAAGACGCUGUCAAUUCGUUGAUCGACCGAGACAGGAAUCCUAUUCAAGGGGCCGCGGGAAAGAAGAACGAGGAUGGCAUAAAGCAAAAGCUAGAGAAGAAGGAAGGUUUGUUUCGAAAGAAUAUGAUGGGCAAGCGUGUAAAUUUUGCUGCGCGAAGUGUCAUAUCCCCUGAUCCGAACAUUGAAACAAACGAAAUUGGAGUGCCACCGGUCUUCGCAAAGAAACUCACCUACCCCGAGCCUGUCACAAACCAUAAUUUCUAUGAAUUGAAAGAGGCAGUUCUGAAUGGUCCAGAUAAGUGGCCGGGAGCUGCUGCUAUCGAGAACGAGAAUGGGCAGGUGAUCAGUCUGCGUACAAAGAACCUCGAGGAACGACAGGCCUUGGCAAAUCAGUUGCUUGCCGCAUCGAGUGCCAACAUGACUGGCUCAAAGAACAAAAAGGUUCAUAGGCAUUUGAACAAUGGGGACAUCGUGCUAAUGAAUCGACAACCGACUCUUCAUAAACCGUCAAUCAUGGGACACCGCGCCAGAGUUUUGCCCGGAGAGAAAACGAUUCGCAUGCAUUACGCCAAUUGCAAUACUUAUAAUGCUGACUUCGACGGAGAUGAAAUGAAUAUGCACUUCCCUCAAAACGAAAUUGCAAGAGCUGAAGCCUUGCAAAUCGCAGACACCGAUCACCAAUAUCUCGUGGCCACGUCCGGAAAGCCGCUUCGUGGUCUCAUUCAGGAUCACAUUUCUAUGGGUGUAUGGAUGACCAACAGAGACACAUUCUUCACUCGCGAUGACUAUCAGCAGCUGUUGUAUAGCUGUUUGCGACCCGAAAGCAAUCAUACGACAUCCCAGAGAAUUCUCACCGUCCCUCCUGCGAUUAUUAAGCCUGUGCCAAAGUGGACAGGAAAGCAGGUGAUCACAACAGUCCUCAAAAAUAUAAAGCCGCCGUCUCAUCCUGGGCUGAGCCUUACAUCGAAAUCAUCAACCAGCAGUGAUCGGUGGGGGGAGAAAUCUGAGGAAGGCAUUGUCAUUUUCAAAGAUGGCGAGCUGCUGUGUGGAAUCCUCGACAAAGCUCAACUUGGACCGAGCGGUCUUGGAAUGGUGCAUUCAAUCUACGAGGUGUACGGACCAACGAUAGCCGGAAAACUAUUGAGCGUGCUGGGAAGGCUACUCACCAAGUUCUUGCAUAUGCGCGCUUUCACUUGCGGUAUGGACGAUCUAGUGCUCACCAGAUCAGGUGAGGAGAUGAGGAAGGAGAAGUUGAAAGAUGCCGCAACCGUCGGUCUGGAAGUAGCUGCAAAGUAUGUGACGCUGGAUGACAGAAAACCAAGGUCCAAUGACCCUGAGCUACGACUACGGCUUGAGGGAGUACUGAGGGAUGAUGAGAAACAGGCUGGUCUGGAUCAAGUUUACAACGCCAGGACGGCCUCGCUAUCCUCUGGUGUAACUGGUGCUUGCUUACCCACCGGUCUGGAGAAGUCUUUCCCGAGAAACCAAAUGCAGGCCAUGACGAACUCGGGUGCUAAGGGUAGCUCUGUGAAUGCAAACUUGAUCUCUUGCAACCUCGGACAACAGGUUUUGGAAGGCAGAAGAGUACCUACUAUGAUCAGCGGCAAAACCUUGCCAUGUUUCAAGCCAUUUGAUACAAGUGUAAGAGCGGGGGGUUACAUCACCGACCGUUUCCUUACAGGUAUCAGGCCACAGGAGUAUUACUUCCACGCCAUGGCUGGCAGAGAAGGUUUAAUUGACACGGCUGUUAAAACUUCUCGCUCCGGAUAUUUGCAACGUUGCUUGAUCAAAGGAAUGGAGGGACUCAAGGUUGAAUACGACAACACUGUUCGUGAUUCUGACGGCACCAUGGUUCAGUUUCUCUAUGGAGAAGAUGGUCUCGACGUAACGAAGCAGAAACACCUCACGCAGUUCACUUUCCUGGCGGAGAACUUCUUUUCCAUUUAUGAGCAACUGGGCAUCCGAGAUGAAUUCCAAAAGAUAAUUUCGGAUGAGGCUCCCGAUUGGAGUAAAACUGCUAUGAAGAAGGUGAAAAAGACGGGGAAAAUUGACGCAAUGGAUCCAGCGCUAGCGCGCUUCCCCCCCGGUAGAUUCUUCGGUAGCACCUCGGAAUCCUUUGCUGAAGAAUUAAAGAAGUACGUCGACACAAACCCAGACAAAAAGAUCAAAGAUAAGAAGCAGGGCGUUGAGGGUAUUGUGAGCAAAAAGGCGUUUAAUACAAUGCUGGAAGCAAAAUACAUGAAGUCAGUCAUUGAGCCCGGUGAGGCAGUUGGAGUUGUCGCUGGACAAUCUAUUGGAGAGCCUUCAACUCAAAUGACAUUAAACACCUUCCAUUUGGCUGGACAUUCGACCAAGAAUGUUACACUUGGUAUUCCUCGACUUCGAGAAAUUGUCAUGACCGCAAGCAACCACAUCUCAACACCUUCGAUGACUUUGCAUCUUAUCCCUGAGCUUUCCGAGCAGGAAGGCGAAAGAUUUGCUAAAGCAAUCAGCAAGCUAACUCUGGGAGAGAUCAUCGACAAGGUUACCGUGACCGAGAAGUCUGCGCAAGGUGUUGCAUAUCCUAGAGCGAAAAUCUACAGUGUUCGUCUUGACUUCUAUCCGGCAGACGAAUACUGUUCACAGUAUGCAAUUAAUGUUGAAGACGUUACCCGCACUCUUGAAAACAAAUUUGUUCCCUAUCUUCAGAGAAUUGUUCGGUCUGAGCUGAAGAAAAAAGGCGAAGAGAAGACGCUUAAACAAGGUUCAAAGAGCGAUGCGCUGCCACAGAUCGGUGAAGCAUCAGGCACAAUUGAGGAAGCACCUUCGCGCCCAGAGGCGGAACAGGAAGGAGGCGAUGAUGAUGAGGAUGAUGACGGUGAUGAUGAUGAUGCUACCAACGCAAAGCAGCGUCAGAAUCGUGCCGAAGCAGUUUCCUAUGCUGCGCCGGAUGAGGACGAACAAGAUAUUGCGGCCCAAAUAGCUAGGGAAGGAACGCCUGAAGAGGAUGCUGACGAGGAAGUGAGCACUAGAAAAUCCGGGGUCUCGGACGAGUCCGGAAACGCUGUUGAGAAUGAAAAGGGCCAAUCCGCAAAGGGCGCCGCUAAGGAGAGACAAAACAGAAUCAUGGCCAAGAACCAUGAUGUUACGAGCUUCACCUUUGAUGACGUGCAUGGAAGCUGGUGCGAACUGCAGCUCGAGUAUGAUGUUUCCACAGCAAAACUUCUCAUGCUCAACCUGGUCAACUCUGCUUGCCACCACGCUGUCAUUCAGUCGAUCCCUGGCCUUGGCACCUGCACCCUCACGACCGAUAAAACUCGGGACCCUGUUACGCGCAAAGAGAUUGAAUUUCCCGUUGUCGUUACCGAUGGUGCUAACCUGACGGCUAUGCGCGACUACCAGGAUAUCAUCAAUCCGCAUAAGAUUUUCACCAAUGACAUCGCAGCAGUGCUGCAACUCUAUGGUGUGGAGGCGUGUCGUGCGAACAUUGUCAGGGAAAUGGAUGCUGUUUUCCAGGGUCACGGUAUAUCGGUCGACAACCGUCACUUGAACCUGAUUGCCGACAUGAUGACGAGAGGAGGUGGUUUCACUCCUUUCAAUAGAAAUGGACUCAAGAGCAGUGUCAGCCCGUUUAUGAAGAUGAGCUUCGAGACCACUGUUGGUUUCUUACGCGAUGCUGCCUUGGAAGAGGAUUGGGACGACCUCACCAACCCAAGUUCUCGCAUUGUGGUGGGUAAGCUCGGAAAAGUAGGAACUGGAGCCUUUGAUGUCAUGAUGCCAGUCACAUAAAGCAAUUGUUGUGCUAUCUCGGCCCAGAGGAAUCGGCGCGUGUUUCAGGUUAACCAUUCUGGCAUUAAUGGGAGGGAAAUUUUUGCAUUUUUAAAAAGCUAGCUCAGUAAUAGUCUGCAAGGUGUCAAUUAGAAUCGAAAAAGUAUCAUUCAAAUGCGCAAUAUG